AAAAAGAAAAAAUGAAGUCUCAAUCUAUUCUCUUGUUGCUUGCUACGUUAGCUAUUUUAGCUCGUGAUGUUACUUGUGAAAACGAAAAUGAACCUGAUGAGAAUGAGAAAGAUGAGAAUGAAAAGAAUGAAAAUGAAGGUGGUAGUAAUGGACAUAAAAAGAUUAUGAGUGAUAUGGCAUUAAACGGACUUGCCAUGUCCUCUUCUACUUCUUGGACUUCAACUGCACCAUCAGCUACACUUGCUCCCUCCGCUACUGCUAUCUUACCUUCUUCUGUUCCAACCGGUGCCGCUUCCGUUUUAGCUUCCGUUGUUUCUGAAGCUUCCGUCAUCAAUACAUCUGCUGCUGGUGCCGUUUCUUCUUGGGCCGCAAGUGCUGGUAUUAUUUCCUCUGCUGCCAGUUUACCAUCUGGAAGUGCAUCUGCUGCUGUUACCCGUCCCCUGUCUUCAGGAGCUUCUGCCGCACCUUUGCCAUCUAGCCCUGCAGCUAGACCUUAUGCCGGACCCAGUGUUAUCAGUGCUUCCAACCGUAUUGAAGCCUCCAUGGCAAUUGCCACUAUUGGUAUUUGUGCCUUCUUUUUAACUUUAGUUUAAGAGUUUUUUUUUAUGAUUUUUUUUAUUUUCUUCUUAUUUAUAUAAUAUAUAUCAU